AUGAGCAUAUCAAAUGACUCCGAAACCCUACUGGAGCACAUGUGCCAAUUGCAAAUCGAUGGUCCAACUGUGGGGCGUCGCCUCACCAACAUUAUCUGCACUAUUGGGCAUGCCACACGUGAUAAGGAGAUACUGAAAGAGCUUAUCAAGGGCGGCAUGAAUAUAGCGCGACUUAACUUUUCACACGAGUCGCAUGAACAGCACAAAUCAAGCAUCGACCUGGUACGCGAAGCAUCUGCUCUCGUUUCCGAAGAAGAAGGUUAUCGCAGACACAUCGGCAUCGCUGUGGACACCAAAGGACCCGAAAUACGAACUGGUUCAUUCGAAGGCUUCUUUGAGGUGGAACUCAAAAAGAACGACAACAUCCGACUCUCCAUCAAUAAAGAUCUCAUAGACAAAGGCAGCAAAGAGACUGUUUAUGUCGACUAUCCGAAUAUUAUCAACAUCGUGCAGCCGGGUAAUAUAAUUUAUCUCAGCGAUGGUGCCAUUAUGCUACUGGUGAAGGAGGUGGCAGUGGAUUGUGUAAUCUGCCAGGUGGAAGUUGGCGGUAUUUUGGGCGCUGCCAAGGGAGUCUGGCUUUCACGUGUAAAUAUCGAUUUGCCACCAGUUUCCGAGAAGGAUCGCUACGAUCUACGCUUUGCCGUGGAGCACAACAUUGACUUCAUUUUUGCAUCGAAAAUUCGUCAUCCCGCUGCCAUACGAGAGAUACGCGCUGUUUUGGGCGAACGUGGCAAGGACAUACAAAUUAUUAGCAAAAUCGAUUGCGCACAAAUUCUAAAUUACUUGGACGAAGUCAUUCUCGCCUCCGAUGGUAUCCUUAUCGAUCGUAGUAGUUUGGGCAUUGAAGUGCGGGAUGAAAAGCUUUUUCUCUUACAAAAGGCAAUAAUCGCGCGCUGUAAUCGUGUAGGUAAGCCGGUUAUUGUUGGCACACAAAUACUCUCCUCAAUGAAUACGGAAUCGCGACCCACACGCUCCGAUGUCGCUGAUCUGGGCAAUGUUGUACUUGAUGGUGUGGAUGGUGUAAUGAUUGCUAGUGAAAGUGCGAUUGGGAAGUAUCCGUUAGAGACACUGAACCGCUUGGCGAGUAUUUGUGCUGAGGCCGAGGCUGCCAUCUGGCAUCGUCAUUUACAUCACGAGCUCUUGCUCAACAAUCCAGCGGUAAUUGAUGCAGUGCACGCGGUGGCUUUGGCAGCAAUUGAUUCCGCACAGAGAUCUAUGGCAGCGCUUAUUGUAUGCCUGACGACGUCGGGCAGAUCAGCGUAUAUGCUUAGCAUGUAUCGGCCUCACUGUGCCAUUAUUGCGCUGACGCGUUGCAGUAGGACGGCGCGACAAUGUCAUUUGCGGCGUGGAGUGUACCCGGUUUUGUAUUUGGAAAAACCAGAUCCCGACUAUCAAAAAGAUGUGGAUCUACGAGUUCAGUACGCCUUAGUUGCCGCGAAGAAAGCUAAACUCGUUGAUAAAGGCGAUUCCGUGGUAAUAGUAUCUCCAUGGAAAGAAGGCACAGGUUUCGCCAAUAAUCUGCGUAUUGCCUAUGCGUUCUUCGAAUCCCAGAAAAUUGAGUAUCUAGCAAAGCGAAUCAAUGCGAAUGUAAAAAGCAAAACUACUAUAUAUCGUGAGAGUUAAGACAACUGA